AACGGAUCGAUAAUUUUAAACGGCCAGGCAAACGCAAGAUAUAUAAAAUAAGCGAACAACCUGAUCUGUACAAGUUGUUUCGUCCGGCCAGUGUCAGCUGUAAUUCGAUUAUAUCGCCUACCGCUUUCGGAACAGUGCACGUGCUCCAAAUACAAAAUAUCCUAAUAGCAAACGUCAGGUGCAUUUUCAUCAAUCGGUACAGCUCUCCCUACGUAGGUCCCUGCUAGGUCGACGCGGAAUUCAAGAUUGUCACGUAUUGUCGAGGACGUCGAAAGAGUAGAGACGGAGCGGUGGAGGAUCUAAUAAUCGAGCAACCGUACAUCAAUUCCUUUUUGUUCGCUGCGUGGUAUCCGCACGCGACGACGUGCUUGCGGAUUCAGCGAACGACGAAAGAAUCGGUAUGGAUUAUCAUAUUCAAAUGAUCACCAAAGAUGAUAAGCUUAGAAUACUUAAAUUUCUCAGAAGGUUCUUCUUCAGAGAUGAACCGCUUAAUCAUUCGAUCGAGUUAAUACCAGAAAGCGAGGAUAGCACUUGUCUCGAAUUGGAAGAAUAUUGUAGCAUGUCUUCCUUUGAAAAUAAUCUCAGCCUUAUGGCAGUCUCGACGAACGGUGCUAUAAUAGGUGUUAUAUUAAACGGAAAGAUGGAUCCUCCGAAUGACGAAGAACCAGAAUAUAUAACUACAUGUGAAAAUGCAAAAUUUAAAAAAAUUCUAAGAUUAUUAAAUUACGUAGAUCGAAAUGUAAAUCGCGAUGGAAAAUUUCGAGGAUUAAAUAUUUUGGAAAUCAGAAUAAUGUCUGUAGAUUCAAAUUGGCGCGGUAAAGGAGUUGCCAAAGCGCUUGUAGAAAAAACACUUGAAAUUGGAAAAGAAAAAGGCUUGCAUAUUUGUCGUGUCGACUGUUCAUCCUAUUUUUCCGGAAAACUUUGCGCGCGACUUGGUUUUGAACAAAUAUAUGAACUUAAUUAUGCAGAUUAUGUAGAUGAAGAUGGUAAUCCUAUAUUUUCUCCAGCACUUCCACAUACAGCAAUUGUUACGUACAUUAAGAAAUUGUGAACACGAUAGAUAUAGAAUCAAGAGUACCUGUUUAUAGAGAAUUGAAAAUGAUUUUUAAAAACGCACUUCUACAUUUAUAUUUUAUUUUUCUUUUUCGAAUUUACGAAAAUGUUGUACAGUUAUUUUUUUCUAAUGUUUCUUUAAUUUAUUUAUUACUUUUGUACAAAUUAAAAUGUAAUAUGGUUAUAAUACAAUUAUUUGCUCGUGACAUUACAUUAAUAACGAAUCGUGCCAAAAUGCUAGCAAUAAUAUUUUAAUAUAUAACGCGCACGUUAAUAAAUAUGAUUGCAUUAAACUAUAAAUGAAUAUUGCAUUAUUAGAAAUGUAAACAUAUAUAUGAGUUACAUGUUUUUGCUUUGUUGGAUAUUUCUAAAAUAUAUAUGAAUUUAUUAUUAUUCUAUGUAAUUUA